AUGAGUUCCAGCAAUCCCUUCGCCAAUGGCUUCGCGGCCGCCGGAAGCAGCCGGUCUUUUUCUGGCGACAGGCAAAAAGGUGGACGGCCACAGUACAUGACCGUUGGCGGUGGGAGCGCAUCAGAAAGCGCUGCGAGGCUGCAAGCGAUGUUGGACGAGGACUCGGGCUAUGGCGGCAGUAUCAUAGGCGAUGAAACGAUGGAGAACGUAUGGCAUCCUGGUCCUGCAGAGGACCGGUUCACACCCAACCAUACGCCUGUGAAGGGCGGACAAGACAGUGCUGCGGCAGAGCACGAACGCCAUGCGAUGGCUGCGCAUGUCCACCAGAUGUACUACAACCAGAACCGGACAGCCUUGGCCCGUGCGAUAAGUCAGACGGCGGAGACGCUGCGCAAGCUUCAGGAGAUGAACGCAAAGUGGCCGGCACAUUAUCCUACGGUACAACGACCACCUUCACCUGCAAUACCGUCUCGGCCGGAUGUACGUCCUGGUCUCCAUCACACGCAAUCUACAGCCGGCAACCACCGAGAACUCGAUCGACCACCAUUACGACCAUCAGGACUGCGUCGAGCAGGCACUUCUCUCGGCGAAUUACAGUCUGGCGAAGGAAGUAGUAGCAAUGCCGUUGAGAAGGCGUCGGAAGCACCCCCACGACUCGUUACGCCACAGCUCGCUCAGGACUUCUCAGUGCUGAAGAUCGAGCUGAAGAUGGAGGGGCUGCCACAGAGCGAGAUUGUGCAUUCACUUGAGAAGCAAUCUGUGGCUGCUUUGCUCGACAACCAGAUCAACAACAGCAUCCGACAUCUAUUUGCACUUCGCGAGCGUAUCGAGGACACUUCAAGUAAAGUGCUGGUUACUGGUGAUCUCAAUGCUGGCAAAUCGACUUUCUGUAAUGCCUUGCUAAGACGGAAAAUUCUUCCCGAAGACCAACAGCCAUGCACCAGCAUCUUUUGCGAAGUUCUCUCUGCGAGCGAGAACGCUGGAGUGGAGGAAGUUCAUGCUAUUCCACAUGGCUUUGUCUACAACCGCAACGACGAAAGCACAUAUAGCGUGUUCGACCUCAAGCAGUUAGAGACUAUCGUGGUUGAUGGCGAUCGUUGGUCGCAGUGCAAGAUCUACAUCAAGGAUAUCCGAUCAGUCGACCAAUCACUACUCAACAAUGGUGUGGUAGACAUUGCUCUCAUCGACGCACCUGGACUCAACAACGACUCGCUCAAGACUACAGCAGUCUUCGCCCGACAGGAAGAGAUUGACGUUGUGGUGUUUGUGGUAUCUGCGGCAAACCAUUUCACUCUAUCUGCCAAGGAGUUCAUCUUCAAUGCUGCACGAGAAAAGGCAUACAUGUUCAUGGUCGUAAAUGGCUUCGACAAUAUUAGGGAUAAGAGGAGGUGCCAAGAGAUGAUUCUGAAGCAGAUCGCGCAUCUCAGUCCAGCAACUUUCAAAGAAUCUUCCGAGCUGGUUCACUUUGUCUCCAGUAAUGCCAUACCCGUGGCGCCUGGACCCGGAGACGGCCCUCCUGGUGGUUCUGGUGGCGGAAGUGGGGGCAGCUCCGGCGGCGUCUCUUUCGAUGGUGGCAACGAUCGGCCCAGCAAGCCAGACGACGAAGAUGACGGAGAUAGUGGAAAGCACGGUGAGCCUGGUUCGCCACCAAAGAAGGGCAAAGGCAAGGAGAAGGAGGCACAAGAGGACUUUGACGAGCUAGAGGCAUCACUCCGCCGAUUCGUGCUGGAGAAGCGUGCGCGCUCCAAACUUGCACCUGCGAAGACAUACCUCAUGAAUGUGCUCGGCGAUCUGACGACUCUGGCCGGCGUGAACCGCGACGUUGCACAAAAUGAGCUCAACCGCGUGACAGAAGAGCUCAAGCAACUCGAGCCAGUAUUCGAGAAGUCGAAGAAGGCUCGCACCGAAGCCGAUGACGAAGUCGCAAGCAAUAUUGAGAAGACUGCAGAGGAUGUCUACGCACUCACACGCAGUACACUCACUACUUCUAUCGCACACGUUGCCGAAAGUGACCUUGGGGUAAACUACCCAGGUGUCUUAGGCGCGUACAACUAUGCCGACGACAUAAAAGCCGCUAUGCUGAACCAAGUCGCCGAAACAGUCCGAUGGUGCGAAGAGCGUGCUCGCGAGAAGACAGUCGGCGGCGUUUCAGCCAUCAAGUCUCUUGGCAUCUUACAUCUCGGCGACUCAUACGUCGACUUGACUUUCCGCUCAGAGAAGAUGUUCCGCAGCAGAAGAGAUGCUCUGGCACGACAGGUCGACUUCGAGACAGAGCUCUGGGACUUCUUCGAUCUAACAAGUCUCUGGGAACGACAGGAGAAAGUGGCUGGGACGAGCAUGGCUCUCACCGUAGCAGGUGUAGUCGGAGGAAGGAUGCUAGGAGGAGUCGGGUGGCUCGACGGCGCUCUAACAGCCACACGCGUCGUGGGCGUUACCAAUAUCCGCCGAAUGUUGAUCCCCGGUCUCCUCCUUGCCACCGUCCUAGGAGUCAGCUACACCAUCUCACAAAUCCCCUCCUCCCUACCCAAACGCCUGAGCGCUAAACUCGCCGCACAACUUGCUCAGCUCGACUAUACUCACGCCAAUAGCACACGAAUCAGUGCUGAAGUACGACGUGCACUCAAGUUCCCGGCGGACAAGUUGCGCGAGGGUCUGCAGAAGAAUAUGGAGGGUUUGCAGGAGCAGCGAAGGGAGACGGUCAAGGUGCAACAGGAGAGCGAGGUUGCGAGGAAGUAUUUUGGGAAUUUGAUAAGAGAGAGUGGGGAGGUGAGGCACAGGGUUGUGGGGGUUGACUUGGAGGGACCUGCGCCUGGGGUUGCUGGUGGGAUGGCUUAG